AUGGGGCUGCUUCAGGAGAUACUCCCAUUCAUCAUCGCAUACUGGCCGCUUGUCUUGUUUUCCGCAGUGACAGCAUACCUACUCAGCAACAAAUAUAAUAAAGGGCUUAACAAGUAUCCUGGCCAUUGGCUAGCAGCAUACACAGACUGGUGGCGCUUUUUCGACGCGCUUGGCCGGAAGACAGAGUACACUCAUAUACGUUUGCAUCGCAAGUAUGGCGAUAUCGUCAGGCUGGGACCCAACGUUCUCUCGUUCGCAGAUCCUCGUGCCAUCAAGAUCAUAUACGGAUUAAACAAAGGCAUGACAAAGUCCGAUUUCUACCCCGUCCAACAAGCCGUCUCCAACGGCCAGCGUCUCCCGUCCCUCUUCUCUACCACAGACGAAGAUUACCACGCCAAGUACCGACGAUGCGUGAACAGCGCGUUCGCGAUGAGCUCGCUGGUGUCGUACGAGCCGCUCGUGGAUUCGACGACCAAUUUCUUCCUCGAGCGCACGCAGCAGCUCUUCGCCGACACUGGCCGAAGCUGCAACUUCAACCAGUGGCUGCAGUUCUUCGCGUUCGAUGUUAUCGGCGAACUGACGUGGAGCAAGCGGCUCGGGUUUGUGGAGAAGAACGAGGAUGUGGAUGGGAUUGUUGGAUUUCUGGGACGGUUUUUGAGCUACGCUGGGCCGAUCGGCCAAUUCCCUCUUCUCGAUUUGCUCCUCGAGAAGAAUCCCCUCCGGCUCCAACUGCAAAAAUGGGGCAUCAGCCAGACCGUCUUCCCCGUCACCGCGUUCGCGCAGUCGCGCAGCCAGGAGCGUUCAGCCGAGAUGGCGAAGAUUGCAUCCGACGGCCUCACCGCUCAGGACCCCAACCGCGGAAUCGACCUCCUCACCAAAUUCACGCAAGCCCAGCACGCCCACCCCUCCUUCAUGACCUCCAAGCAAGUCCUGACCUCGUGCGUGAGCAUGGUUUUUGCGGGAUCUGAGACCACGGCCAUCAGUCUCAGCACCGUGUUCUAUUACCUGCUGAAGCAUCCGCGGUGUUACGCGAAGCUGAUGGCUGAGCUGGACGGCGCGGUACGUGACGGUGUGAUAGUCGAUCGCGCGAACGGAGCUGUGAGUUGGGCGGAGAGCCAGAAGCUGCCGUAUCUGGACGCGGUCGUGCAGGAGAGCUUUCGCAUCCACCCGGCUGCGGGACUAAUCCUCGAGCGUGUGGUGCCGAAGCAGGGCAUCGAUAUCCUAGGCGAGCGGAUCCCAGGCGGGACCAUUGUGGGGUGCAAUGCUUGGGUUCUGCACAGGCGGCCUGAGGUCUUUGGCGAGGAUGUCGAUGUCUUUAGGCCGGAGAGGUGGCUGGAGGCGAGCCCGGAGAGGGUCAAGGAGAUGAGGGCGACGAUGUUUCAGUUUGGUGCGGGAGCGAGGACGUGUAUUGGGAAGAACAUCAGUCUACUGGAGAUCUAUAAGCUUGUGCCGAGCUUUCUAAGACGGUUUGAGAUUCAGCUUGAGGAUCCGGCUAAGGAGUGGGAAACGCAUAAUGCGUGGUUUGUAAGGCAACUGAAUUUCAACACAAAGUUUAGGGCGCGGCGGGUCAACAUGAGUGUAUAG